GGUCUCGCGCAUGCGCUCCUGCGGGCUCUGCACACGCUGUUUUCGCGUUUUCCGUCUAGUACCUAAGGCUUAAGGUGUCUCUUGUCAGGGGGCGGCGUGGGUCCUGGUCUCCGUCACUAUGGGCAAAACGGUUGAUUCUCUGGGCCAGGGAACCCGGCCCGACCCGGUGCGAAGCUUCAAUCGCUGGAAGAAAAAACACAGCCACAGGCAGAACCAGAAGAAGGAGCGGAGGAAGCAGCUGAAGAAGCCGGAAUGGCAGGUCGAGCGUGAGGGGAUCAGCCGCCUCAUGCAGAAUUACGAGAAGAUAAAUGUAAAUGAAAUUACAAGAUUUUCAGAUUUCCCUUUGUCCAAAAAAACAUUGAAAGGUUUACAAGAAGCCCAGUACCGCUUGGUAACAGAGAUACAGAAACAGACCAUAGGGUUGGCUUUGCAAGGUAAAGAUGUGCUUGGAGCUGCCAAAACUGGAUCUGGCAAGACUUUGGCUUUUCUCGUUCCAGUGUUGGAAGCCUUAUACCGCCUGCAAUGGACUUCAGCAGAUGGUUUGGGGGUUCUGAUAAUAUCACCUACUCGAGAACUGGCCUAUCAGACAUUUGAGGUUCUACGCAAAGUAGGAAAGAAUCAUGACUUUUCAGCUGGUCUCAUCAUUGGUGGAAAGGAUUUGAAGCAUGAAGCUGAGAGGAUCAACAACAUAAACAUUCUUGUUUGCACACCAGGCCGACUUCUCCAGCACAUGGAUGAAACAAUAUGUUUCCACGCCACCAAUCUUCAGAUGUUAGUUCUUGAUGAAGCAGAUAGGAUCUUGGACAUGGGCUUUGCUGACACCAUGAAUGCUAUUAUUGAAAAUCUUCCCAAGAAACGCCAGACUUUACUUUUCUCAGCCACACAGACCAAAUCUGUAAAGGACCUUGCACGCUUGAGUUUGAAAGACCCUGAGUAUGUUUGGGUUCAUGAAAAAGCAAAAUACAGCACCCCUGCUACACUGGAACAGAACUAUAUAGUUUGUGAGCUGCAACAAAAAAUCAGUGUGCUGUUCUCCUUUUUGAGAAGCCACCUAAAAAAGAAGAGUAUUGUGUUUUUCUCCAGUUGCAAAGAGGUUCAGUACCUGUACAGGGUGUUCUGUCGGCUGCGCCCAGGCAUCUCUAUCCUUGCUCUCCAUGGUCGGCAGCAGCAGAUGAGAAGAAUGGAAGUCUACAACGAAUUUGUCCGGAAGAGGGCUGCAGUGCUGUUUGCUACUGAUAUUGCAGCCAGAGGGUUGGAUUUUCCAGCUGUGAAUUGGGUUCUUCAGUUUGAUUGUCCAGAGGAUGCUAAUACAUAUAUUCACAGAGCUGGUAGAACUGCCAGAUACAAAGAAGAUGGAGAAGCUUUACUAAUUUUACUACCCUCGGAAGAACAAGGGAUGGUGCAGCAGCUUCUCCAGAAAAAAGUACCUGUGAAGGAGAUCAAAAUCAAUCCAGAAAAACUUAUUGAUGUUCAGAAAAAACUAGAGUCAUUUUUAGCCCAAGAUCAAGAUUUAAAAGAAAGAGCUCAAAGGUGCUUUGUCUCCUACAUACGUUCAGUAUAUCUUAUGAAGGAUAAAGAAGUAUUUAAUGUGAGCAAGUUACCUAUUACUGAAUAUGCACUGUCCCUUGGUCUUGCUGUCGCUCCACGGAUAAGAUUUCUUCAAAAAAUGGAGAAGCAGCCCACCAAAGGAGUGGUAAGGAAUCAAGUCACUGAAACAACUGAGCCCAGGGUUCCCUCCCUCAGCAAUGACGAAGUAGAAGAAUUUCGAGCUUAUUUCAGUGAGAAAAUGUCCAUCCUUCACAAAAGUGGAAAGCACCUAGAAGAGACAGACUACAGAUUGGCCAGUGGUGAGAGUGAAGAGCAGGACGAAGACACAGAAGAUGAAGAAAUGGAAGAGCAACCGGGAAAAGCAAGAGAGCCUCGUACUGAAUCUGUUCUCAAAAUUGAGGAGGAACAGGAGGAUGCCAAGGAAGGUCCUGUGCAGUUCUUAGGCAGAGAUGAUGAUGAGGAAGAUGGGCCUGAUGCUGAUUUCCUCACAGUGAAGCGGCGUGAUGUGUUUGGGUUGGAUCUUAAAGAGAAUCAAGCAUUGUCGAAAAAGGAACCUUCUAAAUCCAGUGUCAAGAAAAAAUUAACCAAAGUUGCAGAAGCAAAAAAAGUAAUGAAGAGAAAUUUUAAAGUCAAUAAGAAAAUAACAUUUACUGAUGAAGGGGAGCUGGUUCAGCAGUGGCCACAGAUUCAGAAAUCUGCUUCUAAAGAUGAGGAGGAAGAAGAUGAUACUGGUGGUAUCAACUUAGACAAAGCAAAGGAAAGGCUUCAGGAAGAGGACAAAUUCGACAAAGAAGAAUAUAGGAAGAAAAUUAAAGCAAAGCAUCGGGAAAGACGGUUAAAAGAAAGAGAAGCCAGAAGAGAAGCCAACAAAAGACAAAUAAAGGCCAGAGAUGAAGAAGAAGCCUUUCUGGACUGGAGUGAUGAAGAUGAUGGUGGAUUUGAUCCAAGCACACUUCCAGAUCCAGACAAGCACAGAAGUUCCGAAGAAUCUGAAGAAUCUGAGAGUGAAGAUAUGAAACAUGAGAUGAGUGACACCAAGAAGAAACAAGGAAUGAGGAAAAGGAAUAACACUGAAGUAGACGAUGUACAACCAAGAAGCCGUCAUGGAAAGAAGGCCAAGUGGGAAACGUUAGAGCCUUUGGAUACAGGCCUGUCCUUAGCAGAGGAUGAAGAGCUGGUGUUACACCUGCUCAGAAGUCAAAACUAAAUAUUCUCCGUGUCUUUGUGAACUUUGGACAUUGUUAUGUGGGCAAGAAGUUGAAAAGAGCUUUGGGGCAUUCAGGUACCAUGUGUCCCAUUUUCAGAGGAUACAUUCUCUAGCAGAAAUGAUCACAUCUCUGGGUUUCUUUCACAAACUGAGUUUUGAAACAUCAAGGAACAUACUCAAAAUAAGGAUGUAUUGUACAAUUUACCAUUGUGCAAUGUGUAGUCUGCUCUGUUAGAUUUUGUCAGUAUAUUACCCACUAGUGGAAAUGCUUAUUUUGUUUUCACAGUGUGGAGCGUUAAACCAAGGCCUUCAUGUGGUAGACAAGUGCUCUACUACUGAGCUUGUACCUGGUCCCUGUUUGUUUUACAGGUAGGUUCUGAAUCCCUUGUUCAUACCCAUCUUUCAUACAGUACAGAAAUUUUAAUAUUAUUGUUAAAUAGCUAAUAAUUUUAUGUAUAUUUCAUUAUUUCCAAAGAAAUGGUAUAAUGGACCAGCCCUGACAAAGAAUGAGUAUUUUUUAAGUUCAUAAAAAAUAAAUGUUUUUCUAUAUUGUAAA